AUGCUCAUGAAAAGCUACGAGCCCGCUGCUGUGCUGUGUGAGCGGGCGCCGUGGAAAAUGGCUCGCUUCUCUCCCGUCCAAUUGGACGACCAAACCAGAACCGACACCAUCACUAUUGAGACGCAGACCUCACCGGCCCCUCUCAAUGGCGAGGUUGCUCCGGCGCUGUCAUCGUCGCCGACUGACCGGAGAGCAAGCACAGAUGAGUGGGAUGCAUCCAAAGUGCCGCCGAGCCGUUUCCAGAAGCGCAAGGGCUCGAUCUACGCAACCCCCGGAUCCCGCGACGGUCAUGUCGACAGGAACUAUGCCUCGGGCUUCCACGAGAAGCACACCGAGAAGGGAUACGGCAAGACGCCCACCAAAUAA